AUGUUACACAGUUCUAUUAUAACUAUUACUGGAUCUUCUGCACAUAUGGUUACCGAUUAUAUGAACCUCUACCAAGAUCUUGUUGGCUUUAAUAUUCACAAUGAGCAAAAUUUAAUUGGUGGGCCUGGUAUAAUAGUUGAAGUAGACAAAUCUCUUUUUAGUUCAAGAAAAUAUAAUCGUGGCCAUCAUGUAAAAGUUCAUAUAAAUACAAUUGAGGAAACUUGGAAUGGAUUUAAAGUUCGAAUUUCACCAAGAAAUCGUAAUACGUCUAAUCUUCCUAAUUAUAUUUUAGAAUUUAUUUGGCAUAGGCAAAAUACAAAUAAUCCUUGGAACUCUUUAUUAUUAUGCUUACGAGAUACUAUAUAUUACAAAGAAUAA